ACGGAGGCGAUCGGCGACGGCCACGCCGGCUGACACCGAGGCUGCGACCACCGGCGACAAAGACGGCCACCGGAGGCCAGCAAAGACGAUCUGUUACACCGCCGAAUCCCUUCUUCUGUUUUUCCCCUCGAGGAAACCUAGUUUUGUAGCUCAAAUCAAGAUUAUCUUUCCAUAAGUUUCUGAAGAAAUGGAAAUGGGAGACAAGGCGGUUGGCCUUGUGUUGACCAUGACAAGUUUAUCCAUUUUCACCUACUAUACUUUCUGGGUCAUAAUCUUGCCAUUUGUUGAUGACGAUCACUUUGUCCACAAGUACUUUCUACCUCAAGAAUAUGCCAUCUUCAUCCCGGUGUUUGCUGGUGUGGUUCUUCUUUCAUUCUUGAGCAUAUUCGUCGGUCUUGUGAUGCUGAAGUCAAAGAAAAAGAAGAAGACCGCAUGAUAGUUGAGGCUCUCCCGCGCUGAUCUAAUGUAACCGAGUGGUUCAGUUACAUAUAUAACUUAGUAGAAGUUCGAUUUCGUGGAUGAUUUGGUUAAUUUUGGAAUUGCCUUCGCUUGUAGUUUUUAAGGUUUUCUCUUGGCACUUCUACUGUCAAUUAGAUCUAACAGGCAUUUGCAUGUUCUUGGCUAUUUCUUGAUCAUAUGGUUUAUGACAUUGGUCAAAUGCAAUUGUUGUGCCUCUAUGUUGAUAAUUAUUGGAUGACGUAUUUCUCAA